AUGACGGGACGGAUCUUCUUCCUGCGCUACCCACAGGUCUACGACUUCAUGCUGGAGAAGCUCCAGGAAGUGUCUAGUGAAGAGUCCAGUACAGUGCUGCGCCCCUCCCUGUACCCGGUACUACUCCUGCUGGCCAGGCUCUACCCUUCCUCGCUAGAGGGAACUGUCUCCAACCUCAAGUUGGUGGCGUUCGUCCCGCACGUGAUGUCGUGCGCCAGUAGCGCGGUGCUCAAGACGCGCCAGCUGGCCGCCAAGGCCAUCGUGCCGCUCAUCUCGCCCGAGAUGUACAUCCCGCACAUAGAGUCCACACUGCAGCUGGUGCAGCACGCGCACACGAGGGCCAACCACCGCCACGGACUACUGCUGCAGCUCGGCCGCCUGCUGCAGGCCGGGGCCCGCGCCGGGGGCCUGCCCGCCUGGCACUGGGGCCCGCACGUGCGGCCCGCGCUGCGCCACCUGCGGGGGCCCUGCUACCCUGUCGCCGACGAGCUCGUCAAACUCAUCAACUUGCUCGUCUUGAGGUCCCCAACUGCGCCACAAGAUAUUAUAAAUGAAAUCUGUUCACAUCUUCACACGUUGAUAUUCGAGACGGUGCCGACACCUAUCAGUGCGGGUCGCGACGUGUGCCUGGCGAAUGCUAUGUACCUGUACUUUAUACUGGCGACCCGGUACCACGUCACAGACCUAAGCAGCCUGGUGCAUACAGCAUUACAGCAUAAAUCCUACGAAGUCAUACUCACGGUGCUAAACUAUCUUCUCAUACUUCAUAAACAAUUAGAACCGGACAACAACAUGUUCCACGAACAUCUCGUGUCAGUAGCAGACCCAUCCACUCUAAAAGAAAUUAACAAUAAGCAAUACAUCCAACUUCUGUGUGAUGUUCUGAAGAGUCACUACAUGGAGUGCCGAGAGAAAAGUUUGAAGAUCUUAGUACUUGAGGGGAACACACAGCGCGACAUCAUACAGACUAAAACAGGGGUUACUGUCACUGAUGAUAUGGUUAUAGAGAAGUUGAUUGACUGCAUACAGACGGAAUAUGAAACCCUGACUCACACAUACUUGCAAAGUCUGGUAAACUUUGUAUCGGAGAGAAUACAGGAGGGGAGUAUACAUAGUCGAGUGGUGUUGAAUGUGGUACGCACCGUGUACGAGUGUAGCUCCGCGGAGAACUGUGAGAGCACUAGGAAGGUAGCUGUCAGCUUCAUAGAGAGGAACUACAUACUGUUCAAGUUGGAUACUAGUCAACUGACUGCCGCUGAACAAUUCGAGCUGCACGCGACGCUAUGGGCGACUAUAAUAACGUUGCUGGAAGACGACGAGGAGGCCAUCCGCCAGCGAGUGUCGCGCGCGGUGUACCCGGGCGCGCGCGUCACGUGCAGCCGCGCGGCGCGCAUAGUGCAGGACGGUCUGCGCGCGCACUGCGCCGCCGCGGGGGACGGCGCGCUGCUGGCCCUCGUGGCGCUGCUGGACUUCCAGUCCGUCGUCGUCAUGGCAGACGACGUCAGCGACGAGUGUCGAGUGUUCGACCAGAAUGAGAGGUACAAUAUAUUCCUAGAAGAAAGUAUAUGGACGAUAGCGUGCGCUGAUAUCAUAGUAAAUGAACAUAAAGUACAUAAUUCUAAGCUAUUGGAGAUCAUAAACAGGCCAGAAUAUGAAGGAACUUUCCAGAAACUAUGCCAAGACAACGUAGAAAUGUAUAAGAAAAUGGCGACAGGACACAAGUUACCACGAAAUGAAGCGCUCAACCCUAAAAUACAAUUGCUAGUUGAUAAGUUAAGUUGA